AUGUUCGCUGCAAUUGCAUCGGGAAACCCGCUGCAACUUUCUACAGAAGUUCCGAACUCAAACAAUCUGCAGCACACAAUUGUGCUUUCGUCCACGAAACCCAAGUCUUACUCGCAUAUUACUACUUUCAUCCUCCCAAAUGUGACGUUUCCAGCGGAAUUUGCAGGUACGGUUUAUUUCAAGUUGAGCCCUGCUGAAGAGUUCAAGUUUUUUGGUUAUUUGAGUGCCGAUAAGCCUAGUGCGAUUUUCAAAGUGAGGAUGCCCAACUUGAACGUUUCUGCGGCCACUGAGCCGGGCGACGGUCUCGGGGAAAUCGACAUGGAGGAUGAAAUACCUGGUGAAGAACCCACAUCGGGAAAUAUCUCGGAAAUCAUAAUAGGGAUUUCGAUCGAACCAAAAGACCAGGCCCUAGCCAAAGCCCAAGAGCUUAAAUUGCAACAAAACGCCCCUGCAAGCUCGACGUCGCUCGUUGUGGCCCGUGCCAAUAAUCCAACAUUAGCAGUGACGAAUCCAGGCGAAUUGGCUAGAAUGUAUCCUUUGGUGACUCAACAGCUGGCUGCAAGAAUUGUCAAACACGCCCAUAACUACCUUACCGGAUUCUUGGACCCACAGGGCAACGUUCCCAUCAAGUGUUUCGAUAACUGGUGGACCAAGUUCAAAUCACGGCUUCAGAUGGACGCCCAGUUUUUGAACGAGGUAACAGAGGACUAG